UUCGUGGUAUAUAUACUUCAACAAAAAUUUUACAUAACUUAGAAUAUAUAUAUAUAAAAAAAAGCUGAUUUGAAAUGGCACUUAAGUAUUUAAUUUUUGCUUCCGCUAUAUGCCUGGCAAUGGCUUCACCAAUAGGUCACUACUAUGAAGAGCAAGGCGGUUAUGAAGAGCAAGGCGGCUAUGAAGAUCUUAGCAGUCAUGAUCUCGGUGAACACCAUCAAAUCGAACGCGUCUCUUUGGGUGAAGAACACCAUGGCUAUGAGCACGAAGAAGAGCACGUCGAUUAUUAUGCUCCACCUAAAUAUGCUUUUAAAUAUGGUGUAAAUGACUUCCAUACCGGUGAUGUGAAAUCGCAGCAUGAAUCGCGGGAUGGUGACUCCGUUAAAGGUUUGUAA